AGUUUUGGGGGGAGUGCAUAUAAUCAACAUAUUAUCGAAGGUGCCUAGAUAUUGAUCCCGUGUUCCGAGGUUAGUUCAAAUCCCCCUUUUUCCUGGACCUACGGGUUUGACCUCAGUUCGUCCGAGCUUGGUGGAGAAUAAUUCCCGCGUAAGAUGCCGAAGAGAAAGUCUCCAGAGGGUCCUGAGGGCAAGGAGGCCUCCAAAGUCACAAAGCAAGAGACCCCCAGAAGGUCAGAGAGGUUGUUAGCGAAACCUGCUCCACCAAAAGCUGAGACCAAGCCCAAGAAGGCCAUCGCCAAGGUGGUGGAUGAUAAGGGCGCAAAGGCGAAGAAAAGCGUGGCCAAGGGUAAGAAGGACGACGGCCACACUCAGAACGGACAGACCAAGACCAAAGAGAUCUACGUGUCUCGUCCGUCUGUCAGUGUGUCCUCCAUCAGAAGCUCGGCUCCCUCCUUGAUGUCAGUGAGAGGGCAGAGCGAGACGGUCCGAGUUAAGGGUACGCUCGAGUGUCUCUACUCCGUCUCCACAGUGCGUGUUUGGCCACUAACCCCCUUUCACACCGACAGCGUGCCGUGGAGUGCUGUGGCAGAGAGAGAGAGUGAGAGAGAGAGAGAGAGAGUGAGUGAGAGAGAGAGAGAGUGAGACAGGGUGACGUCUCUCUGUGUGCAGUGAAAUGCACCUUUUUUUUUUCGCCGUCUGUGGGCGAGUGAUGGGAAACGGCCGCCUCGCCGCGGCGCUCAUUCCUCCGUCC